AUGGGCGAAAAGUCGUCUCCGACAGAUUUCAGCGACAUAGUAGAAGUCGACGCUUUGGGAGCUGAGGUUGAGAGAAAGUUUGAAUGCGCCAUCUGCAGCAAGAAGUUCAUCCGGAAGGACCACCUGGAGGUGCACAUGAACAUCCACCUGAAGAUCAGGAAGUAUGAGUGCAUCGUUUGCAAAAAGAAGUUCAUCCAGCAUAGUCACCUCAGCACCCACCUGCAGACGCACACCGCCGAGCGCAAGUUCGAGUGCCUUAUAUGCGGCAAGAAGUUCACCCAGAAAAGGUUUCUGGACAAGCACAUAACCACGCAUGGCGAAGUGAGUUACGACUGCAUCGUGUGUGGUGACAGUUUUAGGAACAUCAACUCCCUCGAGUCGCAUAUUGACCUUCAUAUCGGGGAAGAAAGAAGCAGAUGUGAAGUGUGUAAUAGAAUUUUCCUCAAUGAUUCGUGUUUAAGGAGUCAUAUGGAUGUUCAUGAUGGCGAAAUAGGUGAGACUGAUGUGAAAGUGAAGGAUGAAUAUGAUGGCAAUGAUGUGUCGAGAGAACACGAACAUUCUGUUUUCAAUCAGAGUUUCCCCGUGCAAAGCCCCGACCUAGUUGAUUCUAACGACUCAAAAUUUGAAGUCAAGCAGGAAAAUGAUUAUGAUUCCUACUACAAUUCAGAAUUUUUUAAAUGCUCAAGGUGUAAUGUGACCUUAGACUCAAAACAGAGAUAUAAAGAACAUAUGGCAACUCAUAAAAAGAACAUUAUUUACAGUUGCGAUAUAUGUGGAAAAGGAUUUUCCGUUAAAAUGAAUCUGGUAAGGCAUUUAGAACUGCACAAAGGUGGAAAAGUGUUCCGGUGUGAUAUAUGUGGAAAGAAGUUUAACUUUAAACAUAACCUCAAGAGGCAUCUAGAAACUCAUGACGAAUGA